AUUUUGGGUUCAAAAGAGCUAGCUUCAGCUCACUUACAUCAAAAUCUCUGUUAAUACAGUAGUAUUGUUGUGCUUUGGUAAAUCAGGCAUUAAUUUACUUACCCAUGUUUAAUAUUUGUGUUUUGUUAUUAAAUGUUCACCAUCCAGCUGAUCGGUGGCCUUUGUUACCCCUGCAGGUUUCAGCUGACCUGUUUAGUUUUGUGGUUCAUCACUAAGCCUGUGUUUGUGCUGUAAGUGUGAGUUUGCCAAUACAAUAAUUCAGAAGCAUGAGUGAAAGAAACCGGUCAGGUGCUUCGGCCAGCCAGGUGUGCCGUGCAUCGUCCUUCUCCAAUCAGCCACCCCGCGUGCUGAUAGUUGACACAUCGCCACCUUGGUGGUCAGAGACACGUUCCGUCUUGUGUGAGGCUCUAGAGAACUUCCUCUCUCUGGCAAGCAGUCUGGAGGGACCCAGUCGAGUACCGCUGCUCAGCCUCUAUGCAGUAAACCUGCAGCAGGAGUGUCUGCUGCCAUUUGUGCAGGUGAAGGGGAAUCUUGUGCGUUUACACUCAUGUGUGGAGGAGCUGCGCUCUCUUCCUACAGAGGGCUGUAUACGGCCACAGGUCGAGCUUCUUAAACAGGCAGUGCUGGACAGCCUGCAGCAGUACAAACACUACAUCCGCCAUGCCAAUCUGGGGAACAACCUCCACAGUGGCUCUGUAGAGGUGACAGUACUGAGCAGUGAGCCGGGCCGGGCUGUACUCAGGCAGCUGGAACAGGGCCUGAAGGACUCCGACCUGGUCAGUCUGCGACGGCUGGCUGUCGUCCACAUUGCCGUGGAACAGAACCUUCCAGACAGAGAGCCAGCUUGGAGUCCAGAGUCCUGCUCUACAGAAGACAUGGAGCAGCCAGACGAUGAUCUGAUGCUAGGGGCUGAGAUGGACUUGCAGCUAGUGGAGAACAGUGUCAUCGCUGUGGAGAACAUUCUGAAGGCAUGGCUUCAUGAUCAAACAGGAGAAAGAGAGCACCUUCAGCUGCUGUUACCUGCAUCUGUACAGACAAACAGUCCAAAACGCACUGCUGCUCACAGACCUGAUCCUGUGUGUAUAAAGUGUGACAUGCAAGAAAGGCUUGUGAGCCCAGCUCUUCUCCCCUGCACGUCUGACCUUGGAGCCAAAACUGAGAGCAUACGGGACUUCCCUCCAGCAAGCAAGAGCCCAUCCAAUCAGAACUCAGGGCCGCAGCGACUCCGAGUCAUCAAAGCUCUGCGUGCAGAAGGAGUGUGUCAGUCUGUUCUGUACGGCCUUCCACUAGUCAUCAGACCUACAACUUGCUGGCAGCUGGACUGGGAAGAGAUGGAGAGCAACCAUCAGACCUUCCACGCUCUCUGUCACACACUCCGAACACGUGACUGGUUUCUCUUAGUGCGUUCAGAGCCUGAGUUUCGUUCCGCAUCCAGCGCGUUUUCCUACUACGUGCUCCAGUCUUCAGCCUCCCUCUCUCUCUUACUAAAACCUGUCCUCACACGAGAAUUAAUACUGCCCUGCGAUCUGCCUAUCUCAAACGAGGACCCACCACUCAACACACUCAAAAUGGUAGAGAGGUGUCUGGAGCAACUGGAGACGGAUCCUGUGUUUAACCCUCUUUGUCUGGGCUGUAAUCUCUACCCGUACCUGAGGAUGAGAGGCCUGCUCUCUCGCUCCUACGGCUCUCGCUCUCAGAGCCAAGCACGAGGCCAACGGAGAGACACAAACCGAGCAGCAGAGGGCUCCACACCUCGGCAGUUGCAGCAAGGUCGUGUCAGAGCCAUGGUUGCUCCUCUGUCCUCUGCACCCCCAGCCAAGAUGGCCCGCCCCCCUCUGACCCUGAGCCGCUCACGACCCCAUGACUCCUCCCUUUGCUUAGUGGACGAUGAUGUGGAUAAUGAUCUUCUUAUGAUGUUGUGAGAGUGAGAGUGUUACAGUACUAAGUUUGGUGUCUACUAUUCUGUGCAGACUGUUCUCACAUUGGUUGUGUUUCUGGUAAGUGUAUGUUUAGACACAUAAAACUGGCUUACGUUAGCGUAAACUGACACACCACACCUCAGUGCACUUCACACCAAAUCUUAUAUUUAUAGCCCAGAAACACUUCCAGUUCUAAAGUAAGCUGGGGAUUUUUUAGUAUGUGCAGAAAUUAACUCUAAACAAAUGGUAUCAAGAUAUCUUCAGAUAUAAACAGACUAAUUGACAGAAGUAGUUGAAGCCAAAUUCUAAAACUAGAUAUUUGUUGUCAUUCACUAUUCAGCAAUCGCCAUCAUUCAGUGGUUAGCAUGCAAAUAUCUCUAUGCCCUACGAGGGAAAAUAUACAGACAUGUUAAUAAGUUUAAAUAUCAAAUAAGUACUGCAGACAAGACAGCCUAUUAAUAAUUCAAAACGAUUCCUAAACACCACAAUUUGUAAUGAGUCAGUGAUUGGACAAGGUUUGUUCCACUCACUGGUCUUUAUUAGCUAUUAGAGGACAAGAUGGCAGCCUUACAGUGCAGCACACACACCAGCUGUUUAUGCGUCUACAGCUGUUAAACAUUAGAGCAGAUAAAAUGCCUCAUUCUUCGCAAAAAGACUGGGAAAAAACUUUAGACCCCGUUAACGCCCCUACUUUGGCCCUAAAUGGUCAGAACGCAUAAAAUAAAGCAGUUUUGUUACUGAGAUGCUGACAGUUGAAGUAGUUCUCACAGUGCUUAAUUAGUAUGACUUGACUUUCAGCAUAUAACGACCGGGCUAUUUGCUUUAACAGCAAAUGUAGGAAAUUAAAAAAAUUGAAGAAAAAAACAUAAGUAAAGGGUGAAAUAAAUAUGAAGCAGGGUUUUCUAACUGUCUGUAGAGCUCUGAGGUGUAAGAGAUAUAGGAGAGCACGUGAUAUAGAUGCAUUGUGCUCUAUCGUGCACUACAACAUUCACACACCACCCAGCACGAGGCCACAAUGAGUACUGUGCUGAAAAUGAGAGAGAACUGUGUUCAGUUCAGAGAGAGAGAGAGAGAGAGAGAGAGAGAGAGAGAGAGAGAGAGAGAGAGAGAGAGAGAGAGAGAGAGAGAGAGAGAGAGAGAGAGAGAGAGGCUCUUUUUAUAAUGCUAUGUAGCAUUAUAGUUUUGAGGAUACAAAAGGGAAUUAAACACUUUCUGGAACUGAAGUGAUGUCAAGGCCAUGGUGUUACUCAAUGUCACUGUCUGACUGAGGCCCAUCAGAGCUGCUUCAUUAACAUUUCCGCUAUUCCACCCACCCAAUGCCGCCUACACCAAUGUCACUAUGACCUCAUUUUGGGGUUAGACAUUAUGCAAAACCCAUCAAAAAUGAGAAGCAUUUUGUAAAAAGUUCUUCGUCUCAGUUUCCAGUUCCAUAUAUUAUUUUAAAAAGGCUUUAAACAUUUAAAAGGAGGGAUUUUCUGAUUGUAUUACUUGAAGGUUUUGCCCAGAGUGCUUUCACAUCUGAAUCUACCUAAUGGCGUGAGCACGUGUUCUCUCCUGGGCCAGAUUGCAUGUGGAUUUGUAAUGUCUGUGAAGUGUUAUUAAACUCCAAGUCGAAGUCCACAGCAACCUUUUUCCCCAUAGAAGUAAUUCUACAAAUUUAACUAAAAAGUUUAUAGAGAUUGAUACAAUAUGUCUGGGCAUUUGUCCACAAACAACAGAGACGCAAAUGUGUUGUAUUUUAAGAGUCUGUUGCAUUACAAUAAAGAGCUUCCUUUCUCCUACCACUGCAUUAAGGAAAGGAGGUCAGUGCAUUAAUGCUUCUUUCUUGAUAAUAAUUAAUGUUCAGUUUAAUUGUUUUAUUUUCAUUAAUUAACUUAUUUUCAUUCAUAAACUUUAUCUUAAUGUAACUUGUUUAAUACCCAUUAUUUAAA